UUCUGUUUUGUCUCUUUAUUCUAACUUUAGUCGUAAGAAGCGCUAACAUUUAGCUAGCUAGCGCAACAUUACAAAGUUUGUAGCCGUUCUCUGUGAGCAUGCGCAGUCGACUUCAUGGAGUCAAAUCUUAAAGUGAUGAUAAGUACGUUUGAUCAAACUGCAGUUAGCUUGUUAGCCGAUUAACACGAUUCCUCAAACAUCAGAUAUGAAGUUUGCAGAAUCAAUAAUUUAAUGUCCGUUCGUCCUGAAUCAGUCAGUUACAACCUGUUUAUUAUCUAAAUGUCUGUGCUCGUCUAAACAACACCCUAAACUGAGCUUCAGCUAACAGCUAACAGCUAAAGUUAUAAUGUCACUCAACAUGUCCGUUACAUGAACGUCUUGUGUCCAGUGUUCCGUCUGACCGGGUCAGAGUCCACAUCCUCUCCACACCCUCUCAGACUGCUGACAGUUGGAGUCCUGCAGCAGACACGUCAUCAGACACGUCAUCACACCUGUAGUCGCUGUCACUGAGUAAAGAGCUCGGCUGUUCUCUCUCCAUCAGGAUGCUGACGAUGCUGCGGCGGGUGGCGGUGGUCGGUGCCGGGGCGGCGGGUCUCUGUGUAGCCAGACACGUCCUGUCCCGUCGGGACACCUUCGCCCCUCCGGUGGUGUUCGAGCUCACCGACAACAUCGGGGGCACCUGGUGUUACGAUGAGCGCGUCGGGACGGACGACAACGGACGGCCGAUUCACAGCAGCAUGUACAGAAACCUCCGAACCAACCUGCCCAAAGAGGUGAUGAUGUUCCCCGACUUCCCGUUUGACCCCGAGCUCAACAGCUUCAUGCCCCACCAGGAGGUCCAGAGGUACCUGGAGAAGUACUGCCAGAACCACAACAUCCGGCCUCACAUCAGGUUCAACACAGUGGUGGAACACGUGGUGCCCGUUGUCGUGACAACAGAGGGGGAGGAGCAGAGGACGACGUGGGAAGUGACAUCAUGUGAUUCCUCAGGUUGUCAGAAAACAGAGACCUUCGACUCGGUCUUUGUCUGCUCGGGUCUGUUUUUAAGGCAUUACUCCGAUCCUCACAUCCCGGACAUUCCAGGGAUAGAGAACUUUAAAGGGAAGGUGCUGCACAGUCAUGCGUACAGGUGUGCAGAACCGUUCUCGGGUCUGUCGGUGGUCGUUCUGGGCGCCAAAGCAUCAGGACUGGACAUUUCCAUUGAACUGGCCAAAGCUGGAGCUCAGGUGACUCUGAGUCACCGUCGUCCUCGUUUGACCUUCCCUCUCCCGUCUGGGAUUCAGCAGUCCAGUCCGGUGGUGGCAGUCGAGGAGGACGGCAACCUUCGCUUCCAGGACGGCUCUGUGGCCGCGGCCGAUGUCCUGAUGUUCUGCACUGGGUACAACUUCACUUAUACAUUCCUGGACGCGGAUCAGCUCGGUCUGGAGAUCCAGGACCAUUUGGUGUCUCCGCUGUACCGGUUCCUGAUGCCGCCAGCCUUCCCCUCGCUCUUCUUCAUCGGUAUCUGCAAGAUCAUCUGCCCCUUCCCACAUUUCAACUGCCAGGUCCAGUUCGCUCUGGCCGUGUUGGACGGCUCGGUCACUUUACCGUCUGCGGCUCAGAUGGAGGAAGAGGCCCGGAGAAAGCUUCAGGAAAAGAUGGAGCAGGUCAUCCAACAGCACCACCUGAUGAUCCUGGACCAGGAUCAGUGGGAGUACUGCAACACGCUGGCUCGCACCGCCGGCUUCCCACCGCUGCCAACGGUCAUACGCAGCCUGUAUGAGGAGGUGUGGCGACAGCGACGAGUUCACCCCGAAAACUACCGGAGGCUCAACUACAGGCUGAUCAGCGACACCCAGUGGGAGCUGAUCGACUGACGGAGAGACAGCAGGUGUAGAAAAAACACAGAGUCACCACAAGACACAACACAACGUUUUAAACCUCACAAACAGCAGCUUCAUCCGAGUCGUUGAGGCACUCAGACAUGGUGAUUCAUCACAACGCUCAUUUUAUAAGCUGUAUAAGUGUCUUGUAUUCAGAGUCGAUGGAGGUCAAAAAUGACAAAAAUGAACCAACAUCUUAAUUUUUAUGUGAGCGCUCCGACAGAUGAAGUCGUGUUUCAUAUUUUCGGACCUUUGAUUGAUUGAACACCUUCCCGACACGUCGCCGGGCUGCUGAGGAGAAACUGUGUAACCGUGUGACGUUCACACGGUUACACAGGAGCGUGAGUUUUAAAAAAAUAACUUAAGUAUAAGUAGAUGUUUUAAAAGAUCUCAGUUUUCAUUGACCUCAGGCGCUGUCUGCAGGUGGACAAGAAUGCCAGUUAACACGCUAACAUGAGAUGGUCUCAAUGAUUAUUAUGAUUAUUAAUACUUAAAUGAAUUUAAAAAAACAACACAUCUAAAUCAGUUACAGUCUCACCUGCCAACAUUUAGCAGCUGUUCGAACACACUGUUUCAACGGCUCUAGUCAUGGAACUGAACCACAGCAUCACCAUUAACAGAUUUUAAGAAUUGAUUCAUGAGCAGAAACCAAACGAACUUUGUGAAAGUGCCACAACAGACUCUCACCUGCCAACAUUGAUCAGCUGUUUGAACACACUGUUUACACUGAUUUCACCAUUUACACUCCAUUUAUGAAAGAAGAAACAUGUUAUUGAUCUAAACAUGUCACAUGUUACAAAGACACUUAACAGGAACAAUAUAGGCGACUUCUUUGUCUCCGUGGAGAAAGUCCCCAGACUCCCUUAACAAAUGUGUCAGUUUAGUGAGUUGUUGAUUUUGGGGAAACUUCAUAAUCAUAUAGAAGAGCUGUUGGCCAUCUCUGACAAAUUCUUGCUAAUUGAUGCUAAUUUUUGAUCCAAAUUCUGCGUUCCCAGACGGAAGUUCUUGCUCUGUGUAACCUGAGGCGGAGGGUUUGAUCUCCUGUCUAAUUGUUCGGAGAGAGACUGAUAUAAUAAUAAAAGUUGCGUGACGCAGAGUCGACCCUCCUGCUGGUAAACUAGCGGCGUUGCUGUGUCUUGUGUUAACUUGUUUUGAUUGUUAAGUAAUAUAAUCAUGCACAUGUACAGCUGAAGUGAAUUUUCCUCAGGAAUCGUAGGAAAUUACAAUUCUUGCAUUAUUUUUGUUUGAAUGAACAUCUAAAUAACAUUGUACAUUCUAAACUACCUCAUUGAUUGUAUUAAAGUUUCUGCUGUGGA